AUGGCUCGAAGCAAAACAAAGAAGGCCGAAAUUGACUGGAACAGCUUCGUCCAGCAAUCCGAGCCAAAGGUUGAGGAUGAUCUCGCCGAGACUACUAAGGUCUAUAUCUAUCUUGUGAAGCAAAAUCUUCAGAAAUUUAUAUCAAAACUUCAACCGCCGGACUAUGUUUAUUGGCUGAAGAAUAUCACCUUGAGAGUGAUUGAAGGAUUCCUCCGCUGGUAUCUCGAUAAUCAUAAUGUUGAGUAUCAGUCAGGGAUUUUGGUUUUUGCGCGAUAUUGGAGAGUCUUUUGGUGCCAAGAAACGGAUAGUCUCUUUCCUUACGUGUUGAGGCGUAAGAUGACCAUGCUUGUAUGCACUACACUCCCUGAUGAAUACGAGCUUGAUUUGGAAGCAAAGACUCAGCCACCAGUGAACAUCGAUGAUCUCCACUUCAGUACUUAUCAUCUCAUGGCCGCCUGCAAAGUGCUAUUUGCCACAGUACGAUGUCGACAGCAGCUUAGUACACCGCGAAAGAUGAUGACUUCGACAUCUGCCCGUCCUGGAACGCUCAUCGAGUCUUCCGGAUACAUGAGAAGCAACGACGCGCUGAAAUGGAAAGAUAUCGAGCUCUAUAUGGUGAAGCACUUGGAAGAUCCACAUUGUCAGAUGCUUCUCAUUCGAGUCAGGCAUAGGUUAAAUAAGGGCAAGGGAAAUCGGGGUGUCCCACCUGUCUUCACAUACACCGAGCGGAAUGAUAACCUUGGCCUUUGCGUUAUUCAGGACAUACUGGACUUCAAUGCCCAGUAUGCCUUGGUCGCGCCAACAUUCACCCUAGGGCCAAAAUGUACACAUAUGCUCGCAAAGAUCCUCUGA